AUGAGCCGCUCCAUGGUCUUCAUCAGUCCGGCUCCGAGUCCGGCUCCGAGUCCGGCUCCGAGUCCGGCUCCGAGUCCGGCUCCGAGUCCGGCUCUCGAGUCCGGCUCUCGAGUCGGCCGGCUCUCGAGUUCGGCUCUCGAGUCCGGCUACCGAGUCCGGCUCCCGAGUCCGGCUCCCGAGUCCGGCUCUCGAGUCCGGCUCCGAGUCCGGCUCCGAGUCCGGCUCCGAGUCCGGCUCUCGAGUCCGGCUCUCAAGUCCGGCUCUCGAGUCCGGCUCUCGAGUCCGGCUACCGAGUCCUGCUCCCGAGUCCAAUUCCCAAGUCCCGCCCCCGAGUCCUGCUCCCAGGUCCUGCUCCCGAGUCCCGCCCCCGAGUCCGGCUCCCGAGUCCUGCUCCCGAGUCCAAUUCCCAAGUCCCGCCCCCGAGUCCGGCUCCCGAGUCCGGCUCCCGAGUCCCGCCCCCGAGUCCUGCUCCCAGGUCCUGCUCCCGAGUCCCGCCCCCGAGUCCUGCUCCCGAGUCCUGCUCCCGAGUCCAAUUCCCAAGUCCCGCCCCCGAGUCCGGCUCCCGAGUCCGGCUCCCGAGUCCCGCCCCCGAGUCCGGCUCCCGAGUCCUGCUCCCGAGUCCUGCUCCCGAGUCCCGCCCCCGAGUCCGGCUCCCGAGUCCGGCUCCCGAGUCCGGCUCUCGAGUCCGGCCCUCGAGUCCGGCUCCGAGUCCGGCUCCGAGUCCGGCUCCGAGUCCGGCUCUCGAGUCCGGCUCUCAAGUCCGGCUCUCGAGUCCGGCUCUCGAGUCCGGCCCUCGAGUCCGGCUCCGAGUCCGGCUCUCGAGUCCGGCUCUCAAGUCCGGCUCUCGAGUCCGGCUCUCGAGUCCGGCUCUCGAGUCCGGCUACCGAGUCCUUCUCCCGAGUCCUGCCCCCGAGUCCUGCUCCCAGGUCCUGCUCCCGAGUCCCGCCCCCGAGUCCGGCUCCCGAGUCCGGCUCCCGAGUCCGGCUCUCGAGUCCGGCUCUCGAGUCCGGCUGCGAGUCCGGCUCCGAGUCCGGCUCUCGAGUCCGGCUCUCAAGUCCGGCUCCCGAGUCCGGCUCCGAGUCCGGCUCUCGAGUCCGGCUCUCAAGUCCGGCUCUCGAGUCCUGCUCCGAGUCCUGUUCCCGAGUCCAAUUCCCAAGUCCCGCCCCCGAGUCCUGCUCCCGAGUCCCGCCCCCGAGUCCGGCUCCCGAGUCCUGCUCCCGAGUCCAAUUCCCAAGUCCCGCCCCCGAGUCCGGCUGCCGAGUCCGGCUCCCGAGUCCGGCUCCUGAGUCCCGCCCCCGAGUCCUGCUCCCAGGUCCUGCUCCCGAGUCUCGCCCCCGAGUCCGGCUCCCGAGUCCUGCUCCCGAGUCCUGCUCCCGAGUCCAAUUCCCAAGUCCCGCCCCCAGUCCGGCUGCCGAGUCCGGCUCCCGAGUUCGGCUCCUGAGUCCCGCCCCCGAGUCCUGCUCCCAGGUCCUGCUCCCGAGUCUCGCCCCCGAGUCCGGCUCCCGAGUCCUGCUCCCGAGUCCUGCUUCCGAGUCCAAUUCCCAAGUCCCGCCCCCGAGUUCGGCUGCCGAGUCCGGCUCUCGAGUCCGGCUCCCGAGUCCCGCCCCCGAGUCCGGCUCCCGAGUCCGGCUCCCGAGUCCGGCUCCCGAGUCCCGCCCCCGAGUCCGGCUCCCGAGGAUAAACAACUCGCACCAUGCGGGUGGGGGGAGGCGGGUGAGGUGGGGUGGGGAGAGGCGGGUGAGGGUGGGGGGGGGGGCGGGUGAGGGUGGGGAGAGGCAGGUGAGGGCAGGGGGAGGCGGGUGA